AUGGGUCUUAUGCGGGGCCGUGCGCCCAUUAGAAGGACGAUGGAGUAUUUGAAAAGGGGAACUCUUUACGUUAAGCCGAAUUUAAAAGUGAUGUUGACGAAUGUCAUUCCAAACAACCCUGCUAGCUCUGGACUGCAAGAAUUUAUAUUUUGGCAUUUACCACAGUUACAAUACAAGAAUCCUGAAGUUCAGUUCCUGACAUUUAGAUGUAUAGCUCCCACACCCUACAUCCAGUUUAUCAACAUGUAUGGAGAAUCCAUUGCCAUGGACUGUUACCAGCAAAGUAAAGAAGAUAUUUAUGAGGAAUUCUUUCGGACAUUUUGUUCCACAGAUAUAGAUAUGAUGACGAAAAUCCGAAACCAGCAGAUGUAUGGAGCAGACAUUAAAACCAAACGACCUGAACUUUUUGGCCCUAAUUAUCAAAGACAUUGUAUCUGUGUUGUGGCAGGACAGGUGCCCUGUCCAGCAUUUGAAAAACUACCCAAAGAAUUGCGAGGAAAAUUCAAUCCACUGAAUGCCAGAAACAGGUGGAGAAAAGCAGAGGAAGAACUGUUAGGGAAUGAUCAGGGAACUGAAGUGUGAUGUGGAGGUCGUUAGGUGGAGGGGGGAGGUAUUCUAAAGACAAGAUGGAAGAUGGGUAAUGCAGUUAUAUGUGAUCAACGAAGGAGCCGUUGCAGAAGGAACUAAGAGAUGAGGAGAGGGGGGAGGGUCUGAGAUCAAUGAAUUGACCAUUGCAGGGGUAGUUAAGAGAGGCGGAUGUAAUAUAAUUUAGAUCCGACUUCUUUAAUAUGAACUGGUACCUCCUGUAUAUACGUGUUUUAGUGUGUUUGCUCGCCGUUGUACUAUAACUACCAUCUGAAUGUGUGUAUUUCAUUGACCUCUCAAGGAAAGUGAUUGUGUAUUUUGAAAUUUCAUUUAUGAUAAUAAACUGCACAAAAUACAA